GUUGCUCCAGCUCAAGUUCAGAUUGCACCCCAAAUAUUUGUUCCUGAUGUCCCGGCCGGUGGCUCGAACAUGUUAACCGAAGACGAAAUGUGUAUGGAAGCCAUGGACGAAUUUGAGGAUACAGGCGAUCAACGUUAUACCGAACAGUGAGGAGAAAUUUAUAUCUUUCUCGAAAUAUAUAAGUAGUACCUUCACUGUUCGGUUUAUCGACACGUUCCGGUUCAUGGCGUCGAGUCUGUCGUCCCUGGCCGAAAAUUUAGUUACACCCGAACAUGAGAACUUCCGUGAGACAGCCAAACAUUUUGUCGCCGGAGAUAUGCCGCUUGUGACUCGUAAGGGGGUGUACCCGUACGAGUACACGGAUAGUUGGGAGCGGCUGGAGGAGACGAGGUUACCGAGGAAGAGAGAAUUUUAUAGUACGUUGACAGAGACCGGGAUUAAGGAGGAAGACUUUGAGCACGCGAAGUUGGUUUGGGACCACUUUGGCUGUACGACGUUGGGCGAGUAUUCAGACCUGUAUAUCAAAAUCGAUGUAUUGCUGUUGGCUGAUGUGUUCGAAAACUUCCGCGACGUGUGCAUGAGGGCAUACAACCUGGACGCCGCCCAUUAUUUCACCGCCCCUGGACUUAGUUUCGAUGCGAUGCUUAAGUUCACGGGGCAAAAGCUGCAGUUGCUGGACGAUUACGACAUGUUGUUGAUGUUCGAGAAUGGUAUACGUGGUGGAUUGGUUCAAGCGAGCAAACGAUAUGCGAAGGCGAAUAAUGCAAAGACCCCGGGGUAUGAUGAGACAAAAGAGAAAUCGUGGAUAGUGUAUCAGGACUGUAACAACUUGUACGGGUGGGCAAUGUCCCAGUACAUGCCGUACGGUGGGUUCAACUGGGUCGAACCUACAUUAAACGGACUUGAUGAUUUGAACGACACAUCACCCAUAGGGCGAGUGUAUGAGGUGGAUGUAACAUACCCACAAAAAUUACAUGAUAAGCAUAACGACCUGCCUUUCCUGCCGCAAAACAGCGUGCCUCGAGGGUCGAAGGUGAGGAAGUUGAUGGCGACAUUUGAGAAAAAGGAGAAUUACAUCAUACAUUAUAGGAACCUACAGCAGGCCAUUAAGAAUGGUUUGAUAGUUGAAAAAGUACACAGAGUUAUUCAGUUUAGCCAGUCGGAUUGGUUGGCUAAAUAUAUUAAGUUAAACACAGAGAUGAGGAAGAAGGCUAAGAACGGUUUUGAGAAAGACUUUUUUAAGCUGAUGAACAAUGCUGUAUUUGGUAAAACGAUGCAAUCGAAGAGGAAAGAGAUGAAGAUGGAGUUGGUGUCGUGUGAGAGGAGGUUGCAGAAACUGAUUAACAAGUGUACAUUCAAACACUGUACCAAUUAUAAUGAAAACCUAAACGCUGUCGCUUUAGAGAAUACAAUUAUUAGAUUCGAUAAACCUAUAUAUAUUGGAUUUGCAGUACUAGACAUAUCAAAAACAAUGAUGUAUGACUAUCAUUACAAUGUAAUGAAGAAACACUAUGGCCCUAGAUUAACUCUUAUGUAUACUGACACAGAUUCACUAGUGUAUCACAUUCAAACGGAUGACUUCUACAAAGACUUGGCGGCUAACAGUAGCUUGUUGGAUCGGAUGGAUACUGGCAACCUACCCAGUGACCAUCCGUGCUAUGUGAUAGAAAGAAAGAAGUCCCCAGGAUACUUUUCUGAUGAAGUGGAUGGUGAUAUAAUUACUGAAUUCUGUGGAUUGAGAGCCAAGUCAUAUGCUUUCAAUGUGUAUGCCGGACCGGAGGAAAGAGUUGGUGGUGAAAAAAUCAAAGCGAAGGGGAUAAGAGGUCAUGUGGUUAAAAACCACAUGACUCUUGAAGAUCAUAGGAAGUGUUUGUUUGAAGAAGAUGGAUUGGAAUUAUAUACAGAGAAUGUGUCGAUAAGAUCAUUCAACCACCAACUGAUGACGAUAAAAACAAAGAAAUUAACGUAUAACAGCUAUGAUGACAAGAGGGUGGUGCUAGAGGAUAAAAUACAUACAUUAGCAUAUGGACAUUAUAGUAUAGAGGAAGAUGAACCCGAGGAUGAAUGGCCUGAACUCGACUAUGAGGUAGAUGACAGAGGGCGACGAUGGAGUAAACUGGAUAAAGAGUUUAUGAGGGAGCUUCUUUGUUACACAACUAAAUAGUUUUAUUUCAGAAACUUUACUUAUUUUUUUGUUAUAUAGUUUUAUUGUU